GCAUAUGCCUCCUCCUCUCUCUCCCAGCCUUGGCUUAAUUGGGACUUGACCCGCCUCAAUUUUGUCUUUUUUCUCAUCUAUUUAUCGGAUUAUCUAUUUCUUUCUCUUUACAUAUUGUACUAAACUAUAAGUGAAAGUAGAAAGAGGAAAAGAGGAAAACGGAGGAGAAAUGGCGCAGUCUUCCAAAUUGGUGGAAGAGAUGGUCGCACAAUUCCUGUCGAGAUUACCAUCUAAAGCAUUGAUGCGAUUCAAAUGCAUUCGUAAGUCGUGGUACAAUCUUAUAAAUAGUCCAAGCUUCGUGGCCCAGAAUCUUUUUAAUUCCAUGAACAACAAAUUCACCUCUUCCACUUGCAUCAUUGCCAAGCAUACUGUUCUUAAGGAUAGUAGCAUUACAGAUAGGAAUGAAAUUUCUACUAUCCUUGGGGAUGGACACUAUGAUAAGAAGCAAAUUUUGCUUUCAUCACUAACUCUUUGCGACAAUCUUGAUGGUGAUGACCAAGAGCUUUAUUGUAUUAUUGAGGACGACCUUAUUGUUCCUUUUCCUCUAUGUAGAAAUUCCUAUAAUUUUUAUAUUGCAGGUCAUUGUGAUGGGAUUAUUUGUCUUAGUUCAUUUCUUUGCAAUGAUAGGGAUAUUGCUUUAUGCAACCCUUCAAUCAAGGAAUUCAAUCAUCUUCCAAAAUCCUGUAUUCAUCUCCCCCCCAAAGAUGAAGAUGAUUAUGUACAUGAAUGUAACGUGGGAUUUGGCUAUGAUUCCAAAGCAAAGGUUUACAAGGUUGUUAGAAUUGUCGAUUUUUCUUCGUCACAUCCUCCAAGAGCAGAGGUGUACACCUUAGGUGCAGAUUGUUGGAUAGAGAUCAAGGCAUUUGUACUGGGAACUAUCAGCAGCCCACGUUCUUUACAUAUGCACUUUAAGGGAAUUUAUUAUUGGAGUGGGUUUAGUUAUAUUACGAGAGAGCUACAGUACGUCUUAUUUGCAUUCGACAUGAGUGAUGAGCUAUUUUAUUUGAUAUAUCUACCGGAGGCUGCAUUUGGAAUUUACUGUAAUCUUGCUGUGUGGAAAGAAUCCCUUCUUCUUAUCACCCAUAGAGAAGAAGCUCCUAAAUGUUUCGAUUUAUGGCUAAAUGAAGACUCUGAUUUUUUGAAAGGUUCAUGGACAAAAUACUUCACUAUCAAACCUAUAGAAGUUGAUAUUCCGUUAGUAUUUUGGAAAAGUAACGAGAUUCUUAUGGUGAAUGUUGAUCGACGUAUAGUUUCCUAUAACCUUGAUACCCAAACGCUCAAGUGUCUUCCGAUUCAUGGAGCAGAAGAUCCUUUAUGUAUUUAUGCUAUUAAUUAUGUAAAUAGCAUUAUUUCAGUAAAGAGAAACAAUAAACUCGAGUGCGUUGAAACUUAUAUCUAGCAAAAUAAUAAUUAAUUUAUGUACUGGUAGAGACCAACAAAAUAAUAACAAUUAAUUUAUGUAGGAGAAGAAUUAUUGUGAAA